AUGGGUCAGACUAAAGCUACUAGUGUUCCUUUAUAUACUUUUCUUAUUAGUUGUGAGCGAUGUUUUUGUUUUCAGUGUGAUCUCGCAAUUCGGAGAAAAAACUGUUUCUGGACGAACCCCAACUACCUGGGGGCCUAUGAACUGACCGUGGGUUUUACCCAGCCAAGGGGCUCUUGCCGCUCAACCACUGGACUUCGUCCAGUUCCACUAAAACCACACAAAGGGUGCGCUUUUAACAAGAGGAGGUUCUACGUAGUACCUUUCAGAUUCUCUGCUAAUAUCAUUGCUGUUGUUAUCCUAUCGAGAAACUGGGCAUCUGUACACUUUCACACUUCAGGAUUUUCUUGCAUACAUUCACAGAACUGGAAUUCUAUUUCCCUUCAUGAUGAAAAUGGUUUUAUUCUGGUUAUGAUUCUCCUGCCAUUUGUUUGUAAUUUUUCUACCCAAAAACAUGUCACUUGCGGUGGUAGAGAAAUUGAAUUAACUGUUCCACUAGUAAAUAACUCUGCUCGAAUAACUCGCAUGAAUUCGGUUGAACUAAUUACGAAAAUUUGUGAUGAGUUAUUCUGGGAUGGGUUUCCAACUUUAUAUCAGUGUGUUCAACUUAACAGAAUGUGGUGCCGAAUAGGCAUUCCAUUUUUAUGGAAAUACCCGUUCGCAUACUACGAAAAGUUUGCUUCUCAACAGUUGUAUUCUUUUAGGAUUCACCCCAAGGAUACGGUUCUUGUUAGGCUUCUGUUAUAUUUCUCGUAUGGAUGCCCAUUUUUACUUCCAAAAAGACCACUUUUCGAAUACCCUAAAUAUUUAAAAUAUCUGGAUUUUGACAUACUAAAGCAAGUUGUAUUGUUGGGAGUAUCAGCUAUUACUCGGGAAGAGUUUUCCAGUCCUUUCUUUGGGGAACUAUAUAACUCAAUCACAGCAGACCCGAACUUAUUCACGAAUGUGAUUCAUGCUCUAGAAAGAUAUAACGUGCGACUGAUAGGUGCAAAACUUGAAUCAAUUAUGCUCGUUACGGACAGAAAUGUAAUUCUGAGAUCACCAAUGCUUCGUCAAAUUAGGUUUUUAGACAUAUAUAUUCCAGGUUUUGAAAACCAGGAUUUCUCAUGGAUAAACUUACUAGCACCUACUCUCAGAGAACUCCACGUUUGUUAUAACAACUUAGACAAGAAUUACGAAUGGAUAGAAAACCUAGGCAGUAAGUUACAGUAUAUGUCCAAACUGCAUACAUUUGGGAUGUACGUAUACGAUAAAAAUACAUUUUCUCUGUUGAUUAAUGAGCUGAAUAAACAUGUAGCUCAAUCCCUUCGUUAUUUAUACAUACAUGGCUGGUCAAAACGAAAGGUUGGGAGAUGUCACUUAAAAAUCCUUCCACAUCAAUUCCCUCUCACGGUUUACCUUAUCAAAUGCAAAAUGAGCAUAUCUCCCUAUGAGGCAAGAAAAUUGUUAUCACGAAAAGAAAACAGGCGAAACGAAUUGAUUGUGAAAACGUCUUCAAUGAAUUUUCCCAAACAGGAAUUUAGCUAGAACUUUUGCCAGUACUAAAUAUGACUUAUAAAGACUAUUAGUCUAUGCGGUUAUCAACCUUGCGCCCUCUAGGCUGUCUCCUACUGAG